AUGGAAAAAGACGUGCUUGGCACGCGUCGUUCCAAAUUUGGAGUCGGUCGCCAGGUAUCCACGUACGGUGUAGUUCUGAUAGCGCAACUGGUGUGGGGACCAGUUGAAGCGCAUUGCAUCGCAGUGCAUCGAUGUUUGGCGAAGCGAGCCCAGCUUCGCUGGCAGCAAGAAGCGAAUCCGUUGGAACUUGGCGUGGAAAAUAUGUACGAGUAG